AUGCUCGCUCCUAAGCCACGGAUACUCUUCUUCAGCCCUGUGCGCCAUGCGUUGACUACAUACGAGGCGCUGGGGCAGGUGGCCAGGGUAGAAGUGGUGACCAGCAAGUCCCGAGAAGAGUUCUUCAGAGACGUUAGAGACAAAUAUCAUGAUGUUCAAGCUAUCUAUCGGACGUCUGCCAGCGGAGCUGUGGCCGGCAACUUCGACAAAGAAUUCAUCCAGCGACUCCCUUCGUCUCUCAAGUACAUAUGCCACAACGGAGCUGGCUACGACCAGAUCGACGUGGAGGCAUGCAGAGCCCGAAACAUUGUUGUCACCUAUGCACCGGCGCCGGUCACCAACGCUACUGCCGACCUCACAAUCUUCCUCUUGCUGGGGGCUCUCAGGCAGCUGAAUCCCGGAAUCCAGAGUCUACGCAAUGGUCUCUUCAAACAAGGUGUCGACUUUGGCCAUGAUCCACAGGGUAAAACCUUGGGCGUCCUAGGCAUGGGCCGGAUUGGAAAGGCUGUGGCCCAGCGUGCAAAGCCCUUUGGCUUGAGAAUCCUGUAUCACAGUCGGACCAAAUUGCCAGAUGAACAGGAGAGUGGUGCCAAGUACACCUCUUUCAACCAGCUGCUGUCAGAGAGCGACAUAAUCUCCGUCCAUGUACCUUUGUCCAGAACGACGAAACACCUCAUUGGGAAAGACCAGAUCUCCACGAUGAAACGCGGUGUCGUGAUUGUCAACACCGCUCGGGGAGCCAUCAUCGACGAAGCAGCGAUGGCUGCCGCGCUUGACGAGGGUCACAUCGCCGCUGUCGGCCUGGACGUCUUUGAGAACGAACCUAUUGUUAACGAGCAGCUCCUGAACAACAAUCGUGCACUACUGGUCCCUCACCUGGGAACACAUACGACCGAAACGUUGGCUGAAAUGGAGGCAUUAGCUAUGGAGAACGCUCGACGUGGUGUACUAGGGCAGGAGCUUCUAACAGUGGUUCCAGAGCAGCGCUCGUAG